AUGGCAGGAGUUGGACCUAUGACUCAGGAUUGGGAACCGGUGGUGAUCCGUAAGAAAGCCCCGAACGCAGCCGCCAAACGCGACGAGAAAUCUGUUAACGCCGCUCGUCGAUCCGGCGCCGAUAUCGAGACCGCGGCAUCGAGUGGCACUUCCUUGAACACAAAGAGGCUUGAUGAUGACACUGAGAACCUAACUCACGAACGUGUGCCUACUGAAUUGAAGAAAGCAAUCAUGCAAGCCCGGGGAGAGAAGAAGCUGACUCAGUCCCAACUCGCACAACUGAUCAAUGAGAAGCCACAAGUGAUCCAAGAAUACGAGUCUGGGAAAGCAAUCCCGAACCAACAGAUCCUUGCUAAGCUAGAGAGAGCGCUCGGUGCUAAACUCCGUGGAAAGAAGUAG